ACUUGUCCCGUUCUUAAUCUCAUCAGCCGCAUUUCCACUGCCCAGACUGUCAAAGGAACACCAAGUGCUGCAGAUAAAAUGCUCGAGGUGUAAAAAGCUCCUGCUCAGAAGCUAAAUCAGAAUCACAUGUCAACACAGUUCAGGCUCAGGCUCUGGCAGGACGGUGGGAUCAUUGUUUUUAAUGCAAUUUACUAAUUAAAAACGAGUCCCAGAUUACGGAAAGUCUGGAAUGAAGCGGCUUACUAAAAUGGUGGUUUAGCGCCUUGAACUGGCUACACCAGAGUCUGCUCGUCAUUAAACUGUAAUUCGGCUGAAUAUUGCUCGGCAGUUGCCAAGCGCUCUUCCGACAAGAACCGCCGGGGUUCCUGUGUCACAAUCGUCCCCCCGCGUUUCGGCCGGAGCUGUUCGAGCGCCGGGGGCGAUGAGCGGCAGGACUGCGGCAGGUGCAUUUUAUUCGGCAGAUGUACAGUAAACGCAUUACAGCAGAUUAGCUGGAUUUCUUCCUUUAAACGUACACUGCGAGAUCCAAGUUGCCAGCCAGCUGUUUCUUAUCGGCCCGUGUAAUCUCCCCGAGCCCGGCUUUGCCUCUUUCUCCCGCAGCUAUUUCUGUAGCGGGUCGGGCGAGCGAGAGCGCCGCUAUGAAUUUUAAUGUUUCCACUGGGGAAUCCCUCCCGCCUCCUCUUUUUGGAUGAGAUCCUCGAGGAAAGACCCAGAACCCAGCGAGGAGGCGGAGGAGGAAGAGGAGGAGAGGGCCGGCGUAGCCGCGGUACUGGGGGGAGCCGCGGGGUGUGAUCAGGGGCCGUGGCGAGGCGGGCAGGGGUGGGAGCCAUGGGCAGGGAAGGAUGGCUCGGGGCGUGUGUCGCUGCCUGACCGCGGCACGGCAGCAGCGGCAGCAGCCGGAGCAGCGCGGCCCCGCCGCCGCCCCCGCACAGAUGCACCCGCCGGCAUCCCCCGGGACCGGCCGCGACCUGCGCAGCGCCGAGGCGAUCCCGCCGGCUCCGGGCGACGGGCAGAGCCCGCGGACCGGGCGCUGAAGCCGCCUCGCCACCCGCACGAGAGGAGGAGCCGCGGGUGCCGCGCCAGCCGCCGGCCCCGCCGCCGCUCCCGCCGGCGCCCCAUGGAUAAGGCGGGCUCGCUGCACAGCUCGGUGCCCGCGCCGCCGCCCCGGCUCUACCUGCCGCGCAACUUCAGCUGCAGCGCCUGCCUCUAUGGCAGCCUGGCCGAGCAGUGCAGGGCGGGCUGCAGCCCCGACGGCGACGCCGCGCCCACGCCCGUGGUGCGGGAGGCGGCGGGCGAGAAGCCGCCGCAGACGCGGGGCCGGGAGCCCACGCUGCCCGCCGUGCCCCCCAGCCCCACGCAGCGCCGCCGCGCCAAGUCGCUGCCCACGCCCGGCGACCGCAGCCUGCGCCCCGCGCUGCAGCACAGCCCGUCGCGCCGCAAGACCGUGCGGUUCGCCGACUCCCUGGGGCUGGAGCUCACCUCCGUGCACCUCUUCUGCGAGGCCGACCUGCCGCGGGUGCCGCUGCCCGCGCCGCCCACGCCGCGCCCCGCAGACCUGCUCAAGACCAGGAAGCCGCCGGCGCUGGGUGACCUGGAGCCGGUGCUGUUCGGGCCGCCGCCGCCGCUGCUGGAGCCGCUGUUCCCGCCGCAGCCCGGAGCCAGCCCGGGCUUCGUGGAGCGGGUGCGGCAGCACAAGGUGAGGCUGGAGUGGGUGCGGGCAGAGCCCGCGGGGCUGCGCGGAGCCGUGCGCGUCCUCAACCUCGCCUACGAGAAGGUGGUGUCGGUGCGGUACACGCUCAAUGGCUGGGCCAGCUGCGCGGAGGCUCCCGCCGCGUACCAGCCGCCCGGGCCGCCCGACGGCAUCACCGACCGCUUCGCCUUCCUGCUGCCCCUGGGCGCUGCCGCCGCCGAGGCCACGCUCGAGUUCGCCGUCCGGUACCGCGUGGCCGGGGCCGAGUACUGGGACAACAACGAGGGCAAGAACUACCGGCUGCGGGCCCGGCAGCGCGUCCCGCCCGGCACCGGCCUCCCGCAGGACCCCGACAGCUCCGCCUGGAUCCACUUCAUCUGAGCCGGGGGGCCGGGGGGAUCCCCCCGCCCGGGGGCUGCCCCGCCGCCUCCCAGAGAGCCGCCGGGAGGGCUUUUCCCGAGUUCUGUUCCCAGCGGGGUGAUUUGGCUUUCCGGGGUCGCUGGCGAUGCCGGGGGACCCUCGCUCGCCUCACGGGGGUGUCGGGCGCGGGUUCCCCUCAGUCCGCCGAGCGCUGUGGCGGCCACCAAAGCAGCAUCUGCCGGGGGGGGCUCGGGGGAUGGGCGGGAUUGAGCGGCCGGGACCGGGUUCCAUGGAUGCACAGGCUUCCAGGUGCCGGAGGGGCUGCUGUCGCCUCAGCAGGUGACACGGAGGGCAGGGUCACAGGGCAUCCCUCCAGCCUCCCAUUUGCCUAAUCCUGCUCAAGCAAAGCCCGGCUCCGGCGAGGGGCUGGAUCUGCGCUCACCCUCUCGUGUCAGUUUGGGGUUAAGGGCCUCAUAAUGGAGGGCUGAGGGACAGAUUAGUUUGCAACCCAAAAGGACAAGAGCAGGGAUGCCCCAAGGUGUAGCUGUGUUUCAUCAUGCUGUAAAAAUGUUUGGUUUAAAGCAAAGAUUUUUAUUUUUCUUUUUUAAUUUUGAACCCUAUUUCGUGUAUUUAAACAUACUUAGAAAGAAAAAAAUAGCAUCACAGCCUAAUUGAAAUGUCACUCACGGAGAGAUUUUCAAAAGAAAGUGUUUUGGUUUAGGAUUCGUGUGGUACGUUGGUGGAAGGGGUUGGCAGGGUCUGGUGUUUGUUUCUGUAGGAUUGGGCCUGUAGGAAAGUCGUGGGAUUGCACCGAGGGAACUAGAGGCUGCAAGAGUUAAAUCCAUAAUUCUGGUCUGCAUCACAAGCAACACUUUCAUUUUUAUUCCUGUUGACGGUUUAACUUAAUUUCUUAAGGUGUGUCAGGGCAGGGACCUCCUUUCUGAACAAUUAAGUGCUCCAAAUUUUUCAUAAUAAUUUCAGUAAGGGACAGGUUUCACAAAUCUGGCAAAGUUUAGUCAGACAAAUCGAAGAAAGUUGCACCUUGCCAUAUGAAAAUACAUCAAUAGAAAUCACGGAGCAUGCUGACUUCUGCCUUCAAAGGUAUGUUUUAAAUAUGUUUUUAAAUUAUAUUAGCAGUAAACAUAGCAUUUUCCUUUUAAAACUCGAGUUUUCGGGAGUUCAGCUGAGUACAGGUUGUGCUGGUGCCAAAUCUGGGUGCUAAUUUUCCAGGAUUGAGGUGUGUGCGUGUUUGCAGGAGAGGGACCUCUGCAAAUACAACUUCUGAGAGUGGCAAAACCAAUGUCAGCGUGAUCUGCUGGUUAUGAAGGGCUGUCAGGUCAGGCCUUUGAAGUUUUGGACCUCCUGUACGUUGUUAGUGAAUGAAUUGUGAUUUUUAACUUCAUUUUUAUGUUCCUUGAAAGAGUUAAGUGUCCCAAGCAGCUUGAGUAAUGUCUGGAGUAAUGAGUUCUCACAGAACCUUUUGACUUCGGUGGGAAUUGAGAGCACUUUUGUCUCCUGAGGGUUUGGUUCAGUCAGAAUAAUUAAACUUCUAAAUUCUGGGGGAAAAAGAGGUCUGGAAAGUUGAUGGGAAAAGAGUAUUUAAUUUAAUUUCUCUGGAUCACUGUCUCUGAUUUAAUGGAAGUAAUAGCAAGACUACUUUCUGUAGUACUGGUAACUUGGUUUUAAUUUCCCAGGCAGUUUUCUAAUCCCUGUGUUUUUAAUGAAACAGAAUAUAAGAGAAAUGUACUGUCAGCAUCUCCUGAGGAUUUCACAUUUUAGAAUAUUAAGGUCCCCAUCUUGUAAUACAGUAAUCCUAUAAGUUGCUAGAACAUGGAUAUAAAGCUAGAAUUGCACAACUAGGGUCUUAAAAUGCUCAUGAUUAAAGCAUAUGAAGUGGUGUAUUUGAUUAAAAAAAGCCCAAGUGUCUUUUAGUUGAAAUUAUAUUUUUUUAUAAGAGCCUUAAUACUGGAGAGAAGGAAAAGGACUUGUCUCCAUUUGAAAGCACUUUGAAAUCUGUAGAAAUACAGCAAAACAUCUUUUAUUUAUGUGUUAGAGCUUUCCAAAGCACUUUUUGCUCGGCCUUUUUCACCCAAAGAGUGAACCAACAGCUGGAGGGUUGGACAGACUAAAAUGCUUGGAGAAAAAAGUAGUUUCUGUGCAUUUUAGAUCAACUGAUGCUGCAACUUUGCUCAUGAAGUUCCAACAAGAUUCCUGUUUACUGUUUCAAUGGCUUUAGAAACACAAACAGGGCUAAGACCAUUUUUAACAGCGAAUGAUUCCAGAACUCCAAAAUUAUUUUCCAGUGAAUGGCAGUUUUCAUUGUCAUUUGAUUUAUGCAGCAUCUGCAGGUCUCUGAAAAUUUUCUAAAGGUUUCUAAAAAGUUUUUAAAAUCUCCUUCUAACACCUGUGGCUUAAAGUCUUUCAAUUUGGGAUACCUAAGUGGAUUACAUGCAACUGGGAGGUUGUUGUGUUACCCUUUAUUUUUUAUCACUGUUUAGAUGAAAUUACUGUUGCUCUUGGUUGAAAUUUUGCAGUCAGAAUUGGGCUAUGGCUUUACAAUACUGUUCAAAGCUCACUGUUCUUUUAUUUGUGGCUGCCUUUGCCACAGACAGAUCUGAAUAUUAAAACUUUAGGGGCUGUAGAACACCAGAAGAAUGUCCUGUAAAACAGUUCUCCUGAGCUUUCAAGCAGUUCAGCCUGACCUAAACCUGAAUUUUGUGAGGAACUUCAGGGGCUUGGACUUGAUCCCAGAUUAUGGAUAACAUACAUGCAAGCCCAGUAACAGACAUGGCCUUUCUGGAAGCUCCUUUUCCAAGCUGGAAAGGUGAGGCUGCACCAGCAGCUUUGACUGGAGGAUGCUCUUGAUGAGCUCUGUGGAAGAAGAUUAAGGUGUUUUAAUAGAAAUUAUCAGUGGUAUUUGCUACAGUUGCACCUCUUCAAUUACACAUUUGCUGUUCUACCACAUGAAUUUGUUUCCAAGCAAGACUCACUCAGAUUUCCAACCACAUGUUUUGGUUGCACUGGCCAUGAGUGUUUUGUCCCUUGGCAGCAUUCCUGUAGCUUCCAGUCCCUUGGAUUUCAACCUGAUGCCAUCUAUGUGUGGCUUGCUGGAAGCACUGUGAUAAAUGGAGAUGAAAUGAAAAUAUCAAAUGAUAUUUAUAUAAUAUUUACAUAAACUUUGAGGAGAAAAAACCCCACAUUUUUAACCAUUUUUAAGUUGGCAGGACACCCAUCCUUUUAAUGGGAGCACAAGCAAAACCGCUUUUUAAAAUCCUAUUUCUGAAGAAUGUUGUUCAGCAGAAAGAACUUUCACAAGCAAAGUAAAAUAUCUGAAGAUUUUUCAAGCCAACCUUCUGCUGGAAACAUGUCACCUCUUUGUAUUUUUAUUUGCAUGGAUGGAGCUCGUGGCACCUCCCUUUCCAAGUGAUUCCAGGGUGGUUUAGGCAAGGCCAUGAUCCUUGGGUCCUGUGCUUCACUCUGAAGUGAAUUAUUCACUGCUGGCAUUUCUGGUGCAAAGCUGCAGCUUUAUGGGACGUGCCAUGUUAUUGUAUGUGCACUAUAAUGUUAAUUUAUACAGCCAGUCAAGUUGUACUGUAUGUCUGACAGGGAUGUUUGCUGCUUCCCACUUGAACUGGCAGGUUUUUGCAUGUGAUUCCAUGCCUUUCGUGGCACUAUUUUGGAAAUUUACCCUAAUUAUUAGAGAGCCUAAAAGGAAUCAGAACUAUUGACUGUAAAUGGAAUUUCAGCUAGCUAAGCAUAUUAUUUAUGAGCAUAAACUGAAACUGUCCUACUCAUUUUCAAUAAAUAUACAUAAUUUCAGGUAAAUUAAAUUGUUUUUUAACCUUUUACCACUUGCAAGCAACUUUUUGCUGUGAAUGUGUGUGCCUCAGAAUCUCAGAAAACAACAGAAUAAGUGCACACUCUUUGUUGCUUCAGCAGAUGUGAGGGGAAAAUGUAUCACUUGAAUGAACAGAUGUCUGCUCAUGCAGAAGCAUCACCCCUUUGCAGAGACAUGAAAUGUUUCUCCAUAGAGCCAACAGGCAAGCAGCUGCUAAUUUUAAUAAAAAGUAGCCCUACAGAAAUACUCAGAAUCUGAUAUUUAACAUAUUAUUGAGUAUAUAUUAAAAUUUUUACGUGCCUUUCAGCAUUUCCUAGGAAGAAAUCUCCCGUGUUCCUUAGCUCUCCCACCAGAAGUCCAAUAAAGGCUUUGUCAUUAAAAUGAAAUUUAUACUAAAAUAUAAUAAUCUAUUCUAAUUCCUGACACAUUCUCAGCUGUGCCAGACAUCCUGAAGCUGUAGCAGCAGGAAGAAUUCAAUUAUAUUUUCCCAUAUUACAAUGAAAGAAAUGUCAGUCAGAAAUAUGUCUUCCUGAUACACCUCUACAAUUGCAUAGUUAAUUAAAAAAAAAUCUGUGACUAUAGUUGAUACAACAAGAUAUAUUUAUUGUAUAUAUUCACCUCUUGCACAGAUAUUCUAAAUAUAUAUUCUGUCUGAAACCAGAAGUUCUAGUUUUUUAUGAAAUCUGUUUGUGGAGAUGUGGUCUCUUCAGCUUUUACUGUUAUUUAUCUGAUGCUGCAUAAUGAGUAUCAUUAAAACUUUGGGAUGGAUUUUGUCUGUCUGCAGAGGUCAUAUCAUGACAUUAAAGUGCUCACUGCAGGGAGGAGCUGAAGAAAAUUACUUUUACCUUCCAGUUGCACUGCAUGGCUUUUUGGGAAAUCCUCAGUGCACGUGUUUGGAGAGGAUGGAAGGAUUAUUGAGUGACUGAAAGUCUUUUCUGAGCACUGAGAGGAAGGUUUUUCCAUCAUAAAUAGUUUAAGGCAAGAAGUAAAUGUAGUCAAUGUUGUUGUGAAAUGAAUCCCUCAGCCUUAUGUGGAGCUGGUCAGUGUUUUGUUUAAAAGGGAAGGUGGUGGCGUGUUUCAAAAUGAAACAUGUUCAGGGAAACACACCUGUUUCGAAGGAAAGUUUUCUCAGGUUCAGCUUAUUAUGAGAGAAUUGCCCCAAAAUAAAUAAGAUUACUUCCCUACAUCCCUGUAUGGACUUGAAUGUAGGUCUUCCAUGAUCAGAGUGGAUGCUGAGCUAUAAAACCAUUGGCUAUUGCUUGGACUCUUUCUUUAUCCAACCUAUAAAUAUGACUUUUUACUUUACAGAGAGGAGUUUUGACCCUGAGUGUCCCCAUCUCACGGGAAUAUCCUCUUCAUUCAGCUCUGCUGUUGAGAGAGGUCUGAUUUUAAUUUUAUGCCACAUGAGAAGAUUAUUUUCCAUUACAUUUUUGGAGGGAAAACUGUUUUCCUUGCGGUUUUAGUUCUACAACAUGAAACAGUAGCAUGCAGCCUGAAAAUUGCUUGAAAUAACAUAUGCACUAGUGAUUCCAAAGAAUAUAGCUAAGAGAAAUGUCCAGUGUGAGAUGUGCUUUUUUAAAAACAUGUGCUUUGGUCUAGUAAGGCAGGGAGAAAGUCCUAGUCUCCAGUGCAAGUGUAUUAAUGCCAGGGAUUUCUUUCUAUGCAAUUCUAUGGUGCACCUGGGUUUUUUUAGGGAUUAACUUGAUUGGUGUAGUUGAUGUUAUCAGUGUGUUGUGUGUAGAAUAUUCUGUUAAAAGUGUCAUUAAGGAAAUUGUGUGUCUUAAAUGGUGUUAUAACUUUAGGCUCUUUUUUUUUUUUGUCCGAUCUGACUUCACUAAAUCAUAAUAAUGCUCCUCUUAAAAGUACCAAGACAAUAUUUCAUCAAACUGCAUAACCAAGGCUCACACAUUACACUUUAAACCACCUUCUAGGACAAAAUGUUGUGUUACUGUUGUGAGUUUUAAACUUUUUUUUGUAUUUCUCUAUCUUAAAAAAGCUGAAUUGUAUUAUCCUUUUAAACUCAAGGAGCUAAUGUGCAGGUUUUUAAAGCUGAUCAAAAGCAGUAAAACUGGACUUGGUUGGGAUUACUCAUAAAUCCAGUUUCUAAACUGUGGCACAACCUGUCCUGACUCCAUGGAGGUGCACCCAGAUGUGAAGUUCAGGUAUUUUAAGGUUGAUCCAAGCUGAGCUCUGCCUGGGUGCAAAACCUGCCAACAUCUGGACAUGAAUCCAUGUUGUAACCCAGGAAAAUUCUGCUGUGACAGAGAAUUUGAGUUCUUGGAAUGGUUUGAACAAACCUAACUCCUCCCUUGUAGUGUCACACCAAUGAUUUCUCUCUGUAAUGGAGAUUCUGUCCUGUUGAGGGGAGUGUUCUUCGACGUGCAAGUUUUUAAUACUGUUUCUUUGAUUUAACUCUGUUUAAAAAAAAAAAAAAAAGUGUUACUUGACUGGUAAAUUACUUUUGGUUGUAGUGUCUUCUGCAAUGUUUAUAUUUCACCAAACAAUGUUUGUUUCUAAUGUUUGUAAAAAAAAAAAAAUGUAAUAUCACCAGAAGUCAAAAAUCAAUGUUUUCUAAUAAUGCCUUGUAACUUACCCAGCCUUACAGUACUUCAGACAAUUUUCCACCAAAACUGCAUCUAGUCACUGGUUGUCACAAUUACGAAAGAUAUAUAUAUAUUUAUAAACCUGUAGCUUCUAGCUGCCAUUAAAGAUUAAUGAUACAAAUCAC